CUUUGGGAAGAAAGCGGCGGCUGCGGAGGGAGGGGUGCUGGGCGACAAGGAGACGGAGAGAGAUGCUGCUCUCUUGAAGGGCCAGCCGAGCAGGAGAGAAGGAACAGGAGGAGGAUGAAGGAGCCAAGAGCCCUGCGGACAGCUGGGGGGCUUUGGUCGCAUGACGGUUUUGCACCAGGGGUAGGGUUGGGAGUGCUUGUUUUUACCCCUCUGGCGGUACAGAGGAUUAGAGGAGGAGAAGGGCUGGAAAUCGUUCAUGGACCGGUAGGGAACGGAGAGCAGCAACUGGCACCUGGUUUUGUGCUGGUGUGUCAGAUCUGAGCAGCAGCAGCAGGUAAAACAUCGGAGGUCCGCAGAGCACUGGCUGGCCAGGUUGGUUCGGGAUUCCUGAAAACUCAGGCUUGCGAUUGCUUGGAGAGCCUAGGAGCACAGGAACUCAGACCUUUGGCCCAUCACGCUCAGUACUGUCCACACUGGCUGGUAGCAGCUCUCCAGAGUUUCAGGAAGGGGUCUCUCCAGCCCUACUUGGGGAUUGAACCAGGGACCUUCUUCACCACUGAGCUGCAACCCUUCCUCUAGGAAGCAGGUCCUCUCCACCCCAGGAUGGGUAAAUAGUAUUACCAAGUGGCUCAUUCUACACCCUCCAUACACACCAGUCAUGAGGCUCUUGCUGCUUUCUGCUUGCGUGAUGCUAUUGACCGCCUCCCGAAGUGCUGCCGUCAGCUUCCCAGAAGACGACGACCCUAUUAAUGUUGUCGACUACCACUAUUCAAGGCAAUAUCCAGUAUUUAAAGGACGCCCUUCAGGCAAUGAAUCCCAGCAUAGGCUGGACUUUCAACUGAUGUUGAAAAUUCGAGACACACUUUAUAUUGCUGGCAGGGAUCAAGUUUACACUGUGAACUUGAACGACAUUCCAAAGGGAGAAGUUGCUCCAAGCAAGAAAUUAACAUGGCGGUCAAGGCAACAGGACAGAGAGAACUGCGCCAUGAAGGGAAAACACAAAGACGAAUGCCAUAAUUUUAUUAAAGUCUUUGUCCCCAGGAAUGACGAGAUGGUGUUUGUCUGUGGAACCAAUGCAUUUAACCCCAUGUGCCGCUACCUUAGGCUGAAUACCUUGGAGUAUGAUGGAGAAGAAUUCAGUGGCUUAGCCAGGUGCCCGUUCGACGCCAGGCAAACCAAUGUCGCCCUCUUUGCUGAUGGCAAACUCUAUUCUGCAACGGUUGCAGAUUUUCUGGCAAGUGAUGCGGUAAUUUACCGAAGCAUGGGGGACGGGUCGGCAUUGAGAACAAUAAAAUACGACUCCAAGUGGAUUAAAGAGCCCCAUUUCCUUCAUGCCAUUGAAUACGGGAACUUUGUGUAUUUCUUCUUUCGAGAGAUUGCCGUGGAGCAUAAUAACUUAGGCAAGGCUGUGUACUCCCGUGUAGCUCGCAUAUGCAAAAACGACAUGGGUGGCUCUCAGAGAGUGCUGGAGAAGCACUGGACGUCAUUCCUGAAAGCGCGCCUCAACUGUUCCGUCCCCGGGGAUUCGUUUUUCUACUUUGACGUGCUCCAGUCGAUCACAGACAUAAUAGAAAUCAACGGAGCCCCUACUGUUGUCGGCGUAUUCACUACGCAGCUUAACAGCAUCCCCGGUUCCGCAGUGUGUGCCUUUAGCAUGGAGGACAUUGAGAAAGUCUUCAAAGGAAGAUUUAAGGAACAAAAGACUCCAGAUUCUGUUUGGACAGCUGUACCUGAAGACAAAGUACCAAGGCCGAGACCUGGGUGCUGUGCAAAACACGGCCUAGCAGAGGCUUACAAAACCUCCAUUGAUUUCCCAGAUGAAACCCUCUCUUUCAUCAAAUCCCACCCUUUGAUGGAUUCCGCCGUUCCCUCCGUCAUUGAGGAGCCUUGGUUUACAAAGACAAGGGUCAGGUAUCGGUUGACAGCGAUCGCAGUGGACCACUCUGCCGGCCCGUAUCAAAACUACACAGUCAUCUUUGUUGGCUCUGAAGCUGGAAUGGUACUUAAAAUCUUGGCAAAGACCAAACCUUCUUCUUUGAAUGACAGCGUGUUACUGGAAGAGAUUGAUGCAUACAAUCAUGCAAAGUGUAAUGGGGAUGGUGAAGAGGACAAGAAGGUCAUCUCCCUGCAACUGGACAAAGAGCACCAUGCCUUAUUUGUUGCAUUCUCCAGCUGCGUCAUUAGAAUUCCACUCAGCCGCUGCGAGCGACACGGGUCAUGCAAAAAGUCUUGCAUUGCGUCUCGAGAUCCUUACUGUGGCUGGCUGAACCAUGGGACCUGUGGAAGAGUGAAAUCAAGCAUGUUGUUAUCUUUGUUUGUUUCAUACAACCACAGCGUUGGAGGAUAUGAGCAAGAUGUGGAAUAUGGCAACACCGCACAACUCGGGGAUUGCCACGAAAUUUUGCCUACUACAACUACACCAGAUUACAAAAUAUUUGGCGAUCCAACAUCUGACAUGGCGUUACCCUCAACUUCUGUUACCACAGUGGAAAGUAUCCCAGUUUUCUCACCCAAAGUGAUGGGUUCCUGGAAACCUAAAGUGACUGGCUCCCGGAAAUUUGUAGCCCAAGAUGACCCAAACACCUCUGAUUACUCUGAUUCAUUAUCAGGGGUCCCGAAGGGUGUCAGGUGGGAAGUCCAGUCAGGAGAUUCUAACCAAAUGGUGCACAUGAAUGUCCUGAUCACAUGCGUCUUUGCCGCCUUCCUGCUGGGAGCCUUUAUUGCAGGCGUGGCUGUUUACUGUUACCGGGAUAUGUUUGUGAGAAAGUCCAGGAAGAUACACAAAGACGCAGAGUCAGCUCAGUCCUGUACGGACUCGAGCGGGAGUUUCGCCAAGCUGAACGGCCUCUUUGAUAGCCCAGUCAAGGAGUAUCAACAGAAUAUCGAUUCUCCCAAGCUGUAUUCAAACUUGUUAACAAGCAGAAAAGAGAUGCCGCCAACGGCCGACACGAAGUCCAUGAUGAUGGUGGACCACAGAGGCCAACCGCCAGAACUGGCAGCUCUUCCAACACCAGAAUCCACGCCGGUGCUGCAGCAAAAGACUUUGCAGUCUAUGAAAAGUCAGAUGGACAAAGCGCAGAACAACCUCAGUGCUUCUAGAAAAGAAACUCCUCUGAAGAGCCCUCAGUUUUUCCCGUCCAGUCCUCCACCUCAUUCUCCUCUAAGUCACGGACACAUCCCCAGCGCUAUUGUUCUUCCAAACGCCACCCACGACUACAACAUGUCCUUCUCGAAUUCCAACGCACACAAAGCAGACAAGAAGAUGCAGAACAUGGACCACCCGCACACAAAGUCAUCGGGCAAGAGAGACCACAGGAGGUCUGUGGAUUCCAGGAACACCUUGAACGAUUUCCUGAAACAUUUGAACGAAAUGCCUAGCAACCCCAAAGCCAUUAUGGGAGACCUCCAGGUGGCUCACCAAACUUUAAUGCUGGAUCCCAUGGGAAACAUGACUGAGAUCCCGCCUAAAGUUCCCAACAGGGAAGCCUCUUUGUAUUCUCCUCCAUCCACCCUUCCGCGAAACAGUCCGACGAAACGGGUGGACGUCCCUACCACGCCGGCGGUACCCAUGACCUCUUUGGAAAGACAGAGGGGCUACCACAAAAAUUCAUCGCAGCGGCAUUCUAUAUCAGCCCUCCCUAAAAACUUAAACUCGCCCAAUGGCGUGCUGCUGUCGCGGCAGCCGAGUAUUAACCGCGGGGGAUACAUACCUCCCGGAGGAGGCUCAAAGAUGGACUACAUGCAAGGGGCACCAGUGAGUGUCCAUCUACAGCCUUCCUUGUCUAGGCAAAGCAGUUACACGAGCAAUGGAACGCUCCCUCGGACAGGGAUAAAGAGGACGCCCUCCCUCAAACCAGACGUGCCGCCCAAACCCUCGUUCGCUCCCCAGACGCCUUCAGUCAGACCACUGAACAAAUACAGCUACUGAGACUUGCGUAUUCUGUCAAGAGGUGUGGGAUGAUGUUGCAGGACAGACAAUAAGACAGUGACUCGCUUGUCAUGAGAAACACACACACACGGAGAGAGAGAGAGAGAAUGAACAAGCCGCCAAAGAACCUGUUCUUACUCCAGCAACAUCUGGGAUUUUGCCACACACCUGGCUUAAAGCAAGGCUCAUCUUGCUAAACAGAUUAUAACAAAGGAAGGUGCUGGCCCUUCACAUUUCUUUUGUUUGGAGCAGAGGAGACAUGUAGCACAAUGGGAGGGGGAACUACCUGAGCAAAAGUACUUGGGGAGGAAAGGGGGAGGGGGAAAAGAUCUGCGAGCAAAAAUACUUGAAGAUAAUAAUAAUAAUAAUAAUAACAAUAACAAUAAAAUGGGGUUCAUUUUUAGACUGCCAUAAUGUGUAGUCUUCCCAUGAAAUGUGAACAUUUUAAUAUGUAUGCAUUUGCCUUGCCUCUUGCACAAAUGUCAGCAAAUGAUAAUGUCUCAACAAGUAUGUUGGUUAAUAAGCAACUUGCUGAACUUUGGUCUCUAGUCCAACUGUAGCAUUUUUCUUUUCCUCCAAAGGAUGACAUUUUUGUUUAUGAUGAGAAUAAAGGUGUUUGUGUGUGAGGGUGUGAGUGUGCGCACAAAGCUAGGAGGUAUUCAAUAUCAUUGCAUCUUUUAAGUUACAGAAACGUUUACAUUUGAGUUUGACUAAACAGACAGAUGGCUCUGGUUCAGAUUAUUUUGGAUUGCAUGAGGUGUACAGCAGAUCUCAUGUGGGAAGCUUUGUGCUGUCAGAUUUCUGCCCUGGGCAGAACUAGUUACUAUGUGAAAUGGUGCAAAUGUGCUCAUUCUAAAUUAUGCUGCUAUAGAGUCAGAUGUCUAAAUUCCAAGUGUAGCAUUAAUAGAGGUCCAUGGCAGUAGGGAUGGUUAAAUCAGUCCAUUUUGGUUUCUCGUUUUCCUGAUAUUCAGUUUGGCCAAUUUCUGCAGCAGUUUGGAAAUUUUUACUUCAGAGAAAUGCAAAUUCCAAAGGGUUUGCAUGGUGCUUUGGGAAGCACAAAUUAAGGUAGGUUAACAUGAAAAUGCGAACCGAAUUGAUUUCUCCCCCAUCUCCAGUGCUCAGCUGGUCUUUCAGUCCACCUGACUUCCCAACCUGAAUGCAAACUUUAGAACUUCUAACUGUUCUUCAUCCAGAACAAAGUUUCCAUUAUGGUCAGACUCUCUAGUUCAAAAAGCAGUUCAUUUGUUUGUUUUUAAACACCGCCUUCCCACAAACUGAGACAAAAUAAGGCAGGGGGAAUGAGAAGGGCAACGAAAGGGGGAAACACGACAUUCCCAAGUAGAAAAGACCCUAAGAGAAAAAAGGAGAUAUUUUCCAGAUGCAAAGAAUUGCUUCAUUGGCCCCCAACAAGCCAGGGCUGUUCAUGUACCCACCUGUAUUUAGCGAACAAGGAAUUGAGGAGCAAACCUAUGGCUUGUAUAUUUGCUUAGCCCAAUGUGGGAUAAGAGGAACUACUGCUCCCUGCAUCCAUGGCAAGUGCUUACACCAGCCUCUCCCAAGCUGGUGUCCUCUGGGUGUUUUGGAGGACAACACAGCCGUGCUGGCUGGGGCUGAUGGGACUUGCAGACCAGAACAUCUGGAGAGCACCAGGUGGAGGAAGGCUGGUUUACACCAUCAUAGGCUGGCCCCUCCUCACUCUGAGAUGUUUACUUGUGAGGCAUAUGUGAGCCAUGUCCCUUUUCUACAAAAGAAAAGACAGAAGAGAAAUGUGGAAUAAGAUGUUCACAUUCUUAAUAUUAUUUUGUAGCCCUUUCCAACAGAAAUGAAGAUACAUCAGUAAGGCUUGGCAGGAUCCGCCCAAGAAAAAUUUGACAGUAGUGCAAUCAAUUUGUUUAGCUUGUGGUUUCUCCAUAGUCAUGCCGGUAAUGACAAUAUUCUGUAAAUAUUCUGUGUGUUUACCUGGAUCUGUGCAUUUUGUGCCUUAUUCAUGAAAAUGAUUUCCUUUCCUUUUUUAAAAGAAAACCCUACACUAAACCCCUGUCAAGUGUUCUGGGUAACAGCACAUCACAAUUCCCCACAUGCCAGCUGUAAGUUCUCUCAACAGUAUCCGAAAAGAUGAAAGAAAGGGGGGGGAUAUCCCCACAAGAACAAUUAAUUAACAAUGAAAAGGCAGCCUCUAAGCUGAGGAGACAGCAGCAUUAAAUCAACCUUUUUCGCACUAAACACCCCACCCCUAACUAGCUUAAGGAUCAAACAGUUAUAAUGUGAAAUCAUAUGAGGUUUCUGGGGUAAUGGAACACCUGCUAAAGCUGAGCACGCUUCUUACUGGGCUGCUAUGGUACGUGUUUGCAGCUGAUGUUCAUCACAGAUGGUGAUCUUAGCUUGUAAAUGAUGCCCUAGUACUUGUAUGCUGAACGUUGCCAUCAGCAUAUAGCCCACACAGGGGGAUAGUCGUGAGCUGAUAGGACAAGUACCUUCCAUCCAAAACACUGGCUUCUAUUUCAUGUUAAUCAGGGAAAGAAAAGAUCUCCGUCUCUCUCUGUCUCAAAUAAAAGGGAUCCUUGUUCCUUAAUAUAUAGAAUUAUUUUCCCUUUUCCAUUUUGUAUGUUGACCAUUGAAGACCUUUACUCCCCCCUCCAAAAAUACUUAGGAUCGUUUUCCCCCCACCUAAAAAUAUUUUCACUCUUGCAACUAAUAAUUUUAAAAUGAGAAUCAAAUGACAAAAAAAAAUUGACUUCACUUUACAAAUAGUAAUGAAUAAUACAUACUUGUGUGAAACGGAAACAUAAAUGUUAUGUGAACCCAAAUAACUUUCUGUAACAUUGUGCUGCCUUGUUAGAUGGUAAUGUGAGUUCGCUCAGUAUUUAUGUUGAAAUCUUUUUAACAUUCAACAUAGUCUUUAUUCUGUUAAUUUAUAAUUUUUGUUGGGUUUUGGGUUGGGGUUUGUUUUUUUUUUAAUUAAAAAAUAAAUAAAAAACAUGCUUUAUCCAUUUGUGCAAAGGUAAAUGCAGAUUGUAUCUUUUUUAAUGGUACAGCUUAUAAAAGUAACCCUAAAAAAAAAAAUGAAAGCUGCUCUAUAUGGUCUAUAGAGUACUUUAACAUGUAUAGAUAUCUUGUAAACUUGUAUUGUGGAUGUGUAAAUAAUACGUCCUUUUGGGUUUUUAACACCGCAUGUAAAGUCAAAAUAAACUAUUCAAAAGUA